AUUCACAUCAAAACUUCCCGUUUCGAAUUCGUUGGUGAAAGUGCUUGGCGCAACAAAUGUUGUUUAAACGAUAAAAUCUUGUUUUGUAUAUUGUAAAUAUAAAAUCGAUAAUAAAUAUGAUGAAACGAAAAAUUAACGAUGGCAGAAGCCCCCAGAACUCUGAUCAAAAGAGACCGAGGAGUCAAGCUGGUUAUAUCGGGGACCCAAGGCUGGUCCCACGUGUGAGACAGUACUUGGAUGCUCAGAAGUCCAAAAAUGUUAAUCUGAAAUCUAUGGCUGAAGAUCUCCAGAGACAAUAUGGAGAAUAUGGGAGGAAGAAGAAAAAUGCUUUUUAUAAGUCUGUAGAAAAAGCCUAUGAAAUGAUAAGAAGGAAAGAAACUGACUCUUUGUCAAGACUGGAGCAGAAACAUAUGAGUAAACGAAGAACCACCUCCUCCAGUGAUUCAGACUCUGAUUCCGACGUUAUUGCUAAUGACAGUGAUGCCAGUUUUUCAGAUGACAAUUCUAAUUACAUCAACUACCAGGAUUCUAAUGCCAUGAACGAAAUGAUGUCAAGCAUAUACAGAAAUAUGCCAGCAACCAGUACCUCCACCAUCCCCUCCUCAUCUCUUGUCCCAGGGCAGCUUGUCCUAGACCCUGUAUACAGGAGUUCACAGACCACUGGGGCAGAUGCUUGUAUCACCAUUGAUGAUUCUUCAGAAUCAGAUGGUGAAAUUGCAUCCAGCAGUCAGAACUUGGGUACUGCAUUCUUUCUAGACCGAGUUGGAGACCAGUCACAGAUAAUGAAAGAUGCUGGUUCUAGUUUUGCAAGAUCCCAGGGUGAGGUAGUGGAUAUCACUGUGUGUCCUCCUCCUCCCCUCAUUGAGGUUCAGUCAGGGGUCAUUCUUAAUCAAAGAGGAGAGAAACAGUCAGAAAAGGUGGGAACUAAGAGAGAAAUCAGUGGGAAAACAAAGGAGACAGAGACUGUUAGUGCAGGACGGAAGACUCCAAAGGCAAAUAAGGGGAAGAAGCCUGAAGGAGAAAGAAAGGAGAAGAAAUCAAAGCCAGGUGUAGAAUUUCAAACAUCCAAUACUACAUUUGCUGAUGUUGGUGGAAAUGAUUCUGUGUUGAUGGACAUAUGUAAAUUGCUGGUUCACAUGAGACACCCCGAGGUUUACCAACAUCUUGGAAUUACUCCUCCCCGAGGAAUCCUCUUUCAUGGCCCCCCAGGGUGUGGGAAGACUUUGUUGGCUCAUGCAGUGGCAGGGGAGCUGAAUUUGCCAUUUCUCAAAAUAGCUGCCACAGAGGUUGUGUCCGGUGUGUCUGGAGAGUCGGAAGAGAAAAUCCGAGAUCUUUUUGAGCAGGCUGUGUUGGCAGCACCAUGUGUUUUGUUUAUUGAUGAAAUUGAUGCCAUCACCCCCAAAAGAGAGACAGCAUCCAAAGACAUGGAAAGACGAAUUGUGGCCCAGCUUCUCUCCUGUAUGGAUGAUUUGAACAAGAAAGAAGAUGCACAUGUUUUAGUGAUUGGAUCUACAAAUCGUCCGGAUUCUCUGGAUCCAGCUCUACGGCGAGCAGGGCGGUUUGACAAAGAGAUUUGUUUAGGGAUUCCAGAUGAGAAAGCCAGAGCAAGAAUUUUACAAGUCCUGUGUCGUAACCUGACUCUGACAGCAGAAUUUAGCUAUAAAUAUAUAGCUAAGUACACUCCAGGUUAUGUGGGGGCUGACCUAACUGCACUGACGAGAGAAGCCGCCAUGCUGGCUGUGAACAGAGUGUUUAAGGAUUUGCAGUCACAACCUCGCUUAAUCAGCAAUCAAUCUGAUCAGGAGUGUGCAGAUAUAUCCAAUGAUGCAAAAUCAGUACAAGAGAGCCAGACAAAGGAGGCUUUUUUAGAAACUGGUGUGAAUCCCGGAUCUUCAGAUCAGCCAGAAAUCUCUCCUAUAAAUGACAUUAGCAAAUUCGAUCCCACUAAGUCGAAUCAUGAUGAAUUAUCACAGAACAGCAAAGGGUUUUCUUCUUAUGGAACAGACAGUGAUAUCUGCAAUACAGAAGCCACAAUGGACACUACUGUUAAUGAUAAGGGUGAAAACUCGGGCAGUUGUAACAAGGGAGAAAACUCAUCCAACUGUUUACAGGCCGAAUCCACUGCAACGACCUCGGAAUCACAACAGGAGGGUGUUUCACUCAUGCAGAACGUUAGAAAGGGAGUUGAUCUGCAACUGGAAUACUUGUUACACUUGUUGAAGAAACAGCCUCCCCUAUCAGGCGAUCAGCUGAAGGGAAUGUCCAUCACCAUGCAAGACUUCGAGGAGGCUAUUAAAAAUGUCCAGCCAUCAGCAAAACGUGAGGGCUUUGCCACAAUACCAGAUGUGACCUGGGAUGACAUCGGAGCAUUGAAGGAAGUCCGAGAGGAUCUAGAGCUGGCCAUUCUUGCACCUGUACGUUAUGCUGAUCAAUUCAGGAGUCUUGGAAUCAAUAGAGCUCAGGGAGUGCUCUUGUCUGGACCCCCAGGAUGUGGCAAAACUAUGCUGGCCAAAGCUGUAGCAAAUGAAUCGGGCAUAAAUUUUAUUUCUGUCAAAGGGCCAGAACUUCUGAAUAUGUACGUGGGUGAGAGUGAGCGGGCUGUCAGACAGGUGUUUCAGAGAGCCAGAAAUUCGGCCCCAUGUGUCAUUUUUUUUGAUGAAUUAGAUGCCCUCUGUCCUAAACGGUCUGAUGGAGGGGAGAGUGGGUCCAGUGUGCGAGUGGUUAACCAGCUUCUGACAGAGAUGGACGGCUUGGAGGAGAGGAAGCAAGUGUUUAUUAUGGGGGCCACUAACCGACCAGACAUCAUAGAUCCAGCCAUUCUAAGACCUGGUCGCUUAGAUAAAGUUUUGUUUGUGGGACUACCAUCAGCAGACGACAGAGAGGAUAUAUUGAAAACCAUCACCAAGGAAGGAACAAGACCAUUGUUGGCAGAUGACGUGGAUAUAAAAGAAAUUGCUAGCCAUCCAAAGUGUGAAUGUUACACGGGAGCAGACCUAGCAGCAUUGGUGAGGGAAGCAUCCAUUUGUGCCCUAAGAAGUGUAAUGACGAGGUCUGAUAAAGGGGAACAACCAGUAACAGUCAACAGAGCACAUUUUGAUGAGGCCCUUAUUAGAGUCAAACCAUCUGUGCAGGAAAAGGAGAGGGAAAAGUAUGCCAAAAUGCAGGAGAAGAUCAGACAAUGAUUAAAUCUAAGCCGUUUAGGUUGGAGACAGAUAUUCAUGAGUUGUUUCUGUGGAAAAGUGUCACAGUUUUAAGACGAUGGCUGUACAUGAGGAUUAUAUUUUGCUGAUUGAGAAUCUAUGUAGUGUCCUACUCUCACAGCUCUAGGAAGCAUUCACUGUGACAUGAUAUGAAAACCAAAAAGAUGAAAGUUGAAGUAUUUUUUUCUCAGGAGAUGCAGUAUGGAUGUAUUUAUAUAUUUUUUGGUGAUGCUGUAAGUGUAACUCGGAUUCAUUCAGUGAGGACAAGGAAUAUGGUAUUAUUGUAAUUCAUUUUUGAUACAAAUUUACAAUUGUACCUCUAUUCUAUAGUGCACUGGUUCACCUCCACUGUUUUAUUAUUUCUGUCACAUUUUAGUGUACAUCUGUGUGCCUUAUACAUGUGUAUCUAUAUGGAUUAAAUCAGAGUUGCUCGAUAUCUAGGAACAAGCAUCCUCAGCACAAGCUUAUACUGUAGAACAUGCACUUUUCAACUGCUUGUUCACUGAUUAGGUAUGACCUAUAAAUAUUUUUUUUCAAAAACAAAUUGUAGUUUCUUAUUAGUUGGCAUCAAACAUUCUCAUGGUACAUACCAUUUGAUGCCAUCAAAGAUGCAGUAUGUCUUGUUUGCCAAAUUUAUGUACCUGCAUUGUUUAUUAUUAGGGUGAUUUAUUUGGGAUCAGUCAAUCACACCGUAUGUUGUUUUUAUUAUCGGUGAUGAUUAAAAUGCAUGAAAUGGAUACUUAACUACUGUAAAUCACAUUUUAUUUGUAAGAACAUUGUUUACACGUAAUUUCGUGAGACUAGUCAUUUGUGAAAAUUUAGUUCUCAUGAAUACUGUAAAAUUGUUAAUUUACGCUGGGGAUUAAGUACACGUUUUUCUACAUCCAACAUUACAUUGGGGGGAAAAUAUGCGGUAACUGAAUAUACAUGUAAUAUAUAUUGUAUCAAAUGUUGAAAACUAUACGUGUGGGGGAAAUUCAUUAUGUGACUGCAUAAUUAGUGUAAAUUUCCCUCACGUGGAAAUAACUUUUACAGUAAACUCUUAAAUAUGGAAGAUGUAAGCAAUAAAUAAAGUUCUGUCUCGUGAAUAAAUACAUUGCAUCUUAGCAGAAAUGAGGUCUCAUGAAAUAAAAGUGAUCUACUAUAUACUUCGGAUGGAAUAUUUUUGUCUUUGUAUUCAUGUAAUAUUAUUGUAACCAAGCAGUUCCUUUAACGUUGGACCAAACAUGCAAUAUGGAAGUACUGUCAAAAUAAAAUACAUGCAGAUAUUUCACAAUUGUAAAAAGAAACAUGGAAAUUGUUUGUAUGAUUUUGUUAUAAGCCGGUUUUUCACUUGGGUGUGAUUUCAAUGUUCUUUGUUUUCAUGUUGUAUAUACACAUGUAAUUUGAUUUUAUGUGUUGAAACAGUAUUGCCAUCAUUUUCAUAAAAGGCAUCAUUUUGGUGUUAUUUUUAACUGAAUAUAAUUACAAAUAUCGUCUCAUUUGUGUGUACAUUACAUUAUAAUAUUAUGUAUGUUAAUGUUUGACAUACCACUUCAUUGUGUGUUGGGAGGAGUGGGUUUAACAUUUCAUUGAUGUUUGGGGGGAUUGAGAAUAAACAUUACAUUGAUGUUUGGGGGGGAUUGAGAAUAAACAUUACAUUGAUGUUUGGGGGGAUUGAGG